AUGCCUACCGGAUUGCCUUAUUUGCAGAAACUGCGCAAGCCCCAACUUGCAGAAUGGGCUGAGCUCACUGACCUCCAGGACUAUGAGGACCUCACCAAACCAGACCUCGCUGCCGCUCUGGACAGCCAUCUCCAAGCCAAUGAGUCCAUCUUCAAAACCGACGCGCGUCUGGCCGAUUACUACCGGCGACUGUCGCAAUCCCCGCGCGUGUACUCCCCCACCAAGAGAGCCCCUAAGGUUGAAGUCUCUCCAACGCCGGAUGAAGCUCCUCGAUCUGUGCGCCGGAGACAGGUGAAGGCCAAGGUGGAGCGCGAGCCUACAGAAGAAUCUGAGCCCCAGACCCCCGGACAGGUGGUGGGCGUGCAGCCGCCAACGAUGUCAUCGUUGGUGUCGGAGCUACCGCCCUCGCCGGCCGUGGUUACCGACGUGAUUGAUCGCCAGACAGCCGCGUGGGGCAAGUCCGUUAGCGAACUGUGGUCGGAAACGGGUGUGCACGAGCGUACCGAGUCGCUCCGCUCCAACCUUAGCAGCGUUAAGGCCUUUGGCACGUUGAUAUUAUCGGUCGAAGCCCUGAACGUGUUGCGCGCUGUUGUGCCCUGGAAUUACGUGGGCACUGUUCCUAUGCCCCCGUGGACGCAUCUCUCGGACUUGAAGAUCGCCAUUCCGGACAUUUUCAUUCUGGUCGAGGGGCAUUUCUGGGCUGUCGUCUCGCUGUGGGCGUUGAUUAGUGCGGCGCUGCCCUUUACUGUCGCGUACUUUUUCAAUCUGAGCUUGCAGGCUGCGCAGGCUGGGUCGCAGGUUCGUCGCGGUCGCGCUGGUGUGCAUGCGAGCUUCGAUCCGCUGAGCUUCUAUAUUGCCAAGGCGGUUAUCACGUAUUUGGUCUACACGGAGCAGUUCACCUUCUGGGGUGCUUAUCAGGGGUUGACGAUUGAUCGGUUGGAGGGGUCUGUUCCUUGGGGGUUGAAUGGGGCGUUGGCGGGGAGUGCUAUUGGAGUGAUUGGGACUCUGUACGAGGCGAUUCUGAGGAAGUGA